AUGGGUGAAUCCAGACAGGAACUGCUGGCAUGGCUUAACAACCUGCUGCAGCUAAACCUUACCAAGAUUGAGCAGUGUGGAACUGGUGCUGCCCUCUGCCAGAUCUUCGAUUCGAUUUUCAUGGAUGUUCCCAUGUCCCGGGUCAAGUUCAACGUGAACACUGAAUAUGCCUACCUCCAGAACUUCAAGAUCCUUCAGAAUGUCUUCGCCCGCCACCAGGUCAACAAGCCCAUCCCCGUCCAGUCCCUCACAAAGUGCCGCAUGCAGGAUAACCUUGAGUUCAUCCAGUGGGUUAAGAAAUACUGGGACCAGCACUAUCCCGGUGGUGAAUACGACGCCGUCGGCCGACGCAAGGCCUCCGGCGCCCCUGCUUCCGUUGGAGGCCCCACUUCGCGUGCCCCGUCUGCUGGCAGCGCACGCCGUGGAGUGACCCCGACAGGCGGCGCCGUCCGUCCGCGAGUUGGCGGUGCGGCCAGUGGAGCGGCCACCGCUGCCCUGCAACAGGAGAUCUCGACACAGAAGGAAGCGAUCGCAGGACUGGAGAAGGAGCGCGAUUUCUACUUCGCCAAGUUGCGCGACAUUGAGCUGCUGCUGCAGAGCGCCAUUGAGGCCGACCCCGAGCUGGAAAAGGAGGAAGACACGCUUGUUAAGCACAUCCAGGGCAUUCUAUACUCGACCGAGGACGGCUUUGAAAUUCCGGCCGAAGGAGAGGAGCUUCCGGCCGACGAGCUCGAGACUUUCUAA